AACAAAAUAAAUUCCGUCCUCUGAUCUUUCUUCCCCUUCUCUCCCUCUCCCUCUCCCUCUGUGGAACCCUAGUCAGCAAGGAGUCAUGAGGAGCGCGAAGCCACUGAAGCAACUCAAGCUAUCCGUCCCCGCUCAGGAGGCUCCUGUUUCUAACUUUUUGACUGCAAGUGGUACAUUUCAGGAUGGCGAUCUUCUCUUGAACCAGAAAGGCCUGCGGCUGCUUUCAGAAGAAAAGCAAAGUCAGCCAUCAGAGACCAAAGAAUUCGAUUCUGAGUUCUCACUGGCAGACUUUGAAACCAUAAGAGUUAUUGGCAAAGGAAGUGGUGGUGUUGUUCAACUUGUUCGCCACAAAUGGACUGGGCAAUUAUAUGCAUUAAAGGCUAUUCAGAUGAAUAUUCAAGAAACAAUUCGGAAGCAAAUAGUCCAAGAGCUCAAAAUAAAUCAAGGAUCACAAUCCCCAUAUAUUGUUGUUUGUCACCACUCACUUUAUCAUAAUGGGAUCAUAUCUCUUGUUUUAGAAUACAUGGACCGUGGAUCUCUCACAGAUGUUGUAAAACAAGUCAAAACCAUACUGGAGCCGUAUCUUGCAGUUGUUUGUAAGCAGGUGCUUCAAGGUUUAGUACAUCUGCACAAUGAAAGACGUGUAAUCCAUAGGGACAUAAAACCAUCAAAUUUGUUAGUUAAUCAGAAAGGUGAGGUAAAAAUAACUGAUUUUGGUGUGAGUGCAGUUGCAAGCUCCAUGGGACAGCGCGAUACUUUUGUUGGAACUUAUAACUAUAUGGCGCCUGAGAGGAUAAAUGGAAAGUCUUAUGACUACAAGAGCGAUAUAUGGAGUUUGGGCAUGGUCAUACUUGAGUGUGCAAUAGGCAGUUUUCCAUAUUCACGGCCCGACCAAGAGGAGGGAAAUUUGAGUUUCUACGAACUGCUGGAGGCUAUUGUGGACCAGCCAGCACCUUCUGCUCCACCUGAUCAGUUCUCACCCGAAUUUUGUUCUUUCAUAUCAUCAUGUAUUCAGAAAGAUCCUCAGAAAAGACUUUCAGCUGUGGAGCUGCUGAGCCACCCAUUCAUAAAAAAGUUCGAGAACCAAGACAUUGAUUUUGGCAUUCUUGUUGCAACCUUGGAAGCACCAACAAAUUUCCCCAGGUAACUUGUUACUGCUGUGGUGUGCAACAACACUCCAUGGAAAGGGAAAAAUGACAGAACCUGAUGGGUAAGAAGAUUCUGGCACUUCGUUUAUCCCGUAUAGAGGAAAAAUGCAAUACCAUGCUGCUGGCGGAGAACCCUCAUUUGGUCUAUUCAAAUGAGGAAGAGGAGAGAAGGAAAGUUUUAGUUGACAAGGGAAGAAAUCAGGUUCAAAAGCUAUUUUCGGAAAUCUUGCCAGGGACGGCUCAAGUUGUGGAAACAAGAAGUCUCCCCAGAUUUAGCAAAUUUCUUCGUGUGUGAAAAUCGCAGACUAUACUUGAAUGUCUAUGUACGUUAUUGUCACGUUCUCAGUUUGCUUUACCUAUAUGAUGGCAUUGACUAAGAUCCA